UAGCCAGCUGGCUGCAUGGCGCGCUGCGAGCGGCUGUGCGGCGCGGCCCUGCGCGACGUGCUGGGCCGGGCCCAGGGGGUUCUGUUCGACUGCGACGGGGUGCUUUGGAACGGCGAGCGCGUCGUGCCGGGCGCCCCGGAGCUGGUGGAGCGGCUGGCGCAGGCCGGCAAGAAGGCGUUGUUCGUGAGCAACAACAGCCGGCGCGCGCGGCCGGAGCUGGCCCUCCGCUUCGCGCGCCUCGGCUUUGGGGGUCUGCACACCGAGCAGCUCUUCAGCUCCGCGCUGUGCGCCGCGCGCUUGCUGCGCCAGCGCCUACCCAGGCCGCCGGACGCACCGGGUGCCGUGUUCGUGCUGGGUGGCGAGGGGCUGCGCGCCGAGCUGCGCGCCGCGGGGCUACGCUUAGCCGGGGACCCCGGCGAGGACCCGGGCGCGGCCCCGCGUGUACGUGCCGUGCUCGUGGGCUACGACGAACACUUUUCCUUCGCCAAGCUGAGCGAGGCGUGCGCGCACCUGCGUGACCCCGACUGCCUGCUGGUGGCCACCGACCGAGACCCGUGGCACCCGCUCAGUGACGGCAGCCGGACCCCUGGCACUGGGAGCCUGGCCGCUGCCGUGGAGACAGCCUCGGGACGCCAGGCCCUGGUGGUGGGCAAACCCAGCCCUUACAUGUUCGAGUGCAUCACAGAGCACUUCAACGUGGACCCUGCCCGCAUGCUCAUGGUGGGCGACCGCCUGGAGACCGACAUCCUCUUCGGCCACCGCUGCGGCAUGACCACCGUGCUCACGCUCACAGGCGUCUCUCGCCUGGAGGAGGCCCAGGCCUACCUGGCGGCCAGCCAGCAUGACCUGGUGCCCCAUUACUACGUGGAGAGCGUCGCAGACUUCAUGGAAGGGCUGGAGGAAUGAGCCCACCUGGCCUGCAACCGCAGCCACACCCCUCCCCCACCCUGAUCCCCUCCAUGGAGUGAUGGGCCGGGAGCUGCAUUAAGUGCCACUGGCUCUUCCGCCCCAGUUUCUACACCCUGAUGGGUCUGGGGCCCAGGGAAGGUGUUAGGGCCCUUGGACCCCCUCCCAGGGGUGGCUGAGCACUCUUUGCUGCCCCCCUUGCCCCACUGGUUUGCCCUGGCGUGACCCAGCCAAGGUGGCCUUAUUUCCUGCCUUGUGACCUCCCCUCGUUGAAAUCUGGGCCCUGAUGCCCACUAGAGAUUUACCCCA